AUAAUUUAUUGAUAUUACAAAGUUUUUCAGUUUUCUUUUCUUGACAAAAAAUGGAAGAUGUGACCGUGAUUUCUAAGAGCAUUGUUCAACCCGGAAAGAUCGGUCACUCGGGUCAUACAAAGAUCCAUCUUACUCCAUCUGAUCUUAGCCUUCUAUAUCUCGAUUACCCUCAAAGAGCUCUCAUCUUCCCAAAACCCGACCCGGAAACCCGUUUCAUCUCUCGGUUAAAGUCCUCUCUCUCUGCUGCUCUAGAGAUCUACUUCCCUUUAGCUGGUCGUCUUGUCAAAGUGAACAACCAUGAAGAUAAUACGAUAUCGUUUUACAUCGACUGUGACGACGGCCGUGGUGUUACUUUCGUCCAUGCCAUAGCUGAAUCUGUCUCUGUAAGCGAUAUCCUUCACCCUCAUGGCUCUGUUCCUGACUUUUUCAAGCUUUUCUUCCCCGUGAACGGUGUUAGAAGCAUUGACGGCCUCUCGGAGCCCUUGCUUGCUGUACAAGUCACCGAGAUAAAAGAUGGAAUCGUCUUUAGUUUCGGUUAUAACCACUUGGUGGCCGAUGGUUCUUCUAUGUGGAAAUUUAUCCACGUUUGGUCACAAAUUUGCAUGAAUGGUGAAUGGGAGAAUCAUCAUCAGCCUCUUGUCCUCAGAGGAUGGUUCCUCGACAAGAUCGAUUUCCCGAUCCGUAUUCCGGUUUCGGAGAUAGAGACAGAGAGGGUGAAAAAUCGUGAAAUUUCGACGAAAGAGAGAGUUUUUCACUUCACAAAAGAGAAAAUUUUAGCUCUCAAAGCUAAAGCUAACGGCGAGAUAGGCUCAAGUGACAUAAAAGUAUCAUCCCUUCAAGCUGUUUUGGCACAUCUAUGGCGAUCAAUAGUUAGACAUAGUGGUCUAAACCGAGAAGAAGAGAGUCAUUGCGGUGUAGCAGCGGAUUUCAGGCAGAGGCUAAAUCCUCCACUUGAUAAAGACUCUUUUGGCAAUGUAGCCAAUCUUGGGAUGGCUACAGCCACCGUGGGAGAUUUGGUCGAUCGUGGACUGGGAUGGGCUGCUUUGCAAAUAAAUAAAACUGUGAGGUCGCAAACGAAUGAAAACUUUAGAACUUUUGUUGAGAAUUGGGUUAGAAAUGGUAAGAUCCCAAGAAUUGAUGUUAGAAGUAAAAGGGGUGAUCAUGUUUUUAUUGUUAAUAACUCUCCUAGGUUCGAAGUGUAUGAUAAUGAUUUCGGUUUGGGUAAACCGAUUGCUGUUCGAGCUGGACCGGCUAAUGGUAUUGGUGGCAAACUUGUAGUUUUUCGAGGGAUCGAAGAAGGAAGUAUUGAUGUCCAUGCGAUAUUGACCUUAUCGCUAUGGUCUGAUAUGCUAUUAAACUUAUUUGAUGAUGUUGAAUCUAUGGAGAAUGUAACAAUUACAUGAAUGUGUAGUUCACUUAUUGGAUGAUGUAAAUCUCAUAGUUACGAUUUUCUAUUUUGUGCACUAUCCUAAUUAGAAUAACUAUGAAUCUGAUAU